UGUGCCCUCACAUGGAUGGGAAGGAGGAGGGACCCCCAAAUAAAGGCGCUGGUGUAUGCAAGCCACAAACAAACGUCUCCCCACCCCCAUCGCCGCUGCAUUUCCUUAGCCCGCACCCAGCGACGUUGCCUGGCUCCUUUUAUGAACAACAAAACCGUGAUGAAGGCAGCAGGAGUCAGAAGCUAUUCAGCACAGGAAGCCCCUGUAUCCGGUGAGGAAUAAGAAGUGCAGCGGCAGGAUGCGCCUUGGGUCAGGGGGCCGAGGAAAGCCUUCAGCCUUUGUGUCCUUCUCUGUGACGGAGCGUCCACGUCUGAGCCCUCGGCUCCCAUCGGAGCUCAGCUGGGGCUGCCGCUGUCACCGCCGGGGCGUCAGCCUCCCACCCAGAGGGACGCAGAGGCCACAAUGGCCCGUUCCGCUGGCCUGCUGCUACUGCUGCUGCUGCUGUCGAUCCAGCCCCGGGCGGAGGGCACUGCUGACCAGGAGGCCGUGGUCUGCGCAGGGACUGCCUGCUACACGGCCCACAGGCACAAGCUGAGUGCGGAGGAUGCCCAGCUCCAUUGCAGCAAGAAAGGGGGCAAUCUGGCCACAGUGAAGAGUGAGGAGGAGGCCUGGCACAUCCAGGGCGCCCUGACCCAGCUCCUGCUGCUGGGGGCACCCCUGCAAGAAUCCAAAAUCAAAUUCUGGAUUGGGCUCCAGCGAGAGAAGGGCACUUGCUCGGACAGCAGCCUGCCCCUGAAAGGCUUCAGCUGGCUGGGCGAUGGGGAGGAAUCGCAGUACAGCAACUGGUACAAAGAGGUUAAGAACACCUGUAUCAACAGGCGCUGCGUGUCCCUGAUUCUGGACCUGUCUGUGCCAGGCCUGGCCAGCAGCCUCUCCAAGUGGGCCGAUGGUCCUUGUGGGAACUCCGGGUUUCCUGGGAGCAACAUCCAGGGCUUUGUGUGCAAGUUCAGCUUCAAAGGCAUGUGCCGGCCGCUGACCCUGGGGGGCCCGGGUCAGGUGAACUACACGACCCCUUUCCAGGCCACCAGCUCCUCCCUGCAGGCUGUGCCCUUUGCCUCGGUGGCCAGCGUGGCCUGUGAGGAUGGGGACGAGGGCAGUCAGCACUACUUCCUGUGCAAGGAGAAGGCCCCCAGCGUGUUUGACUGGGACAGCUCAGGGCCCCUCUGUGUGAGCCCCAAGUUCAGCUGUGACUUCAACAAUGGAGGCUGCCAGCAGGACUGCUUCGAGGGCGGGGACGGCUCCUUCCGAUGUGGCUGCCGGCCGGGGUUCCGGCUGCUGGACGACCUGGUUAGUUGUGCCUCUCGGAACCCUUGCAGCUCUAGCCCGUGCGGAGGGGAGGCCACGUGCGUCCCCGGGUCCCUCGGAACGGACUUCACGUGCCACUGUCCCCCAGGCUACCAGCUGGACUUGACUCAGCGGAACUGCGAGGACGUGGACGAGUGCCGGGACGCCCCCUGCAUCCAGGACUGUGUCAACACCCCUGGGAGCUUCCGCUGUGAGUGCUGGGUGGGCUUUGAGCCUGGCGGCCCUGAAGAGGGGGACUGCGUGGAUGUGGACGAGUGUGCCCCUGGCCACUCGCCCUGCUCCCAGAGCUGCACCAACACCGAGGGCGCCUUCUAUUGCUCCUGUGAGGAGGGCUACGAGCUGGCUGGGGAGGAUGGCACCCAGUGCCUGGACGUGGACGAGUGUGAGGUCCAGCAGGGUGGCCUCUGCGACAGCCUGUGCUUCAACACGGAGGGGUCCUUCCGCUGUGGCUGCCUGCCGGGCUGGGAGCUGGACCCCAAUGGCGUCUCCUGCACUGGGGGGCCCACGUCGCUGGGACCACCAACCGGGUCUCCCCUUGGGGAAGACACGGGAGAUGGAGAAGGGGGGCUCCAGUCUUCUGCCACUGUGUCCAGACCCAGCGGGGACAACCCUGAGGGUACCGCCAUGGUGGUGCCCUCCAACAGGAGACCCUCCUUCCCAGCCAAGGUCCCCAUCUCCCUGCCCCCACCGGAGAUGUUGGCCCCCAGUGCGACGCCUGGGGUCUGGAUGGAGCCCAGCACCCAUCACCCCACAGCCACCACCAGCCACAGGGAGUCUGAAGGUGAGGAUUUCACAGCCAAGCAGAGUGACCAGGGCACGGACGGGCAGCAGCUGCUCCUGUUUUACAUUCUUGGCACCGUGGUGGCCAUCCUGCUCCUGCUAGCUCUGGCCCUAGGGCUGCUGGUCUGUCGCAAACGUAGGGCCAAGAGGGAGGAGAAGAAGCAGCAGCCACAGAGCGCGGCGGACAGCUACGCCUGGGUCCCCGAGCGAGCUGAGAGCAGAGCCACGGAGAACCCCUACAGUCCGACGCCAGGGACAGACUGCUGACACUGAGGAGGCCCCUGGACACUGGCAGCGAUCACCAUCCUCAGAGCCAGGAGCCCGUUGAAAGCAGGACCCCCAUCCUCCUGGAAGACUGGACUGGAAUCUUAGCAAGUAGUUGUCAACCUUCUCUUUAAAUGCCUGGCAGCUUGAACCGUGCAGGUAUCACACGUGUGUAGUAUGGAAGCGGGAGAGGGUCAGGUGUCAUUUCAGAAAUUUCAUGUGUGUUAACAAUUCUCCCCUCUCCUGUUGAAAUUCAAAUGUGACUGAGUUCAUGUCACCCCUGAUUCUGGAUCAGACUUGACAUGUCAGGUGCUAACAGGCUCCCUUUGAACUGCUUCUCUGCCCGCAUACAUCUCUAAUAAGAGGACGUGAACCAGGGCAAAUUUGGACUGAAAUGAUUUGUGCCUUCUGGUGUGAUGAAGCCUGAGUCUAUCAGUUGUCUGGUUAUGUAAAAAGCUCUGUUUCUGACGGAGGGAACGUGUUCAGGCUGGAGACGGGUUUUUUUUUCCCAUUCUUGCAUUUCCAUCCACUUAGGUGGCAGAGGCAGGGCGUUUAGAAAUCACAUCUCUCUAGUUCUUCAGGUUCUAACUGUCUUCAGUUUAUUUGCAAAUGAAGUCUGAACAAUGUGGGGAAAAUUGUAUCAAGCGAGUAAAAAGUGACUCUGGAAACUAGGAUUAGAAGGCAGGAUUUGUUUCAAAAUUACAUGAGUCAAUUCAUCUUAAUAAAUGUUCCCAUGUUCCACCAUGUGAUUGACCGGUGAGAUACUCGUGAGGUCAAAGGUUAAAGAUCACUGGUCUCCGGGGCCAGGCAGCCCCACGCCCCUGAUGCCAUCCUGUAGUCUCUGGACUCUGCCUGGGCUUGGACGCCCUGAUGGUUUCUGGACGAUGUGAGGGGCUGAGUUUAAAAGGUGCCGUCCCAGCAUGUAGCACAGUUCAUGGUGGCAGAGGCCUCCUGAGAGCUGAGCCCGUCUUGUGGACACAGCACAACCAAGUCGGGACUUGUCCCCUGGGUGUUGGCCCAGUGCUGCGUACAGCACAGGUGUCCUCUGGCCCUUUUCCUUAAAAAAGAAAACAAGAGGGGAUGGAGAGAGAAUGAGAAUAUAACUAAGAUCUUGUGCAACAGCAGACACUGCUCAGAGCCGUUUUAAUUUAUAGCCUUGCCUGAAAGUGCCCACUAGCCAUGAUUUCCCACAACUAAGACUGUUGUGGUCGGCGGUGCUCGGUCCCAGUUCAGCCUGGGUCCCUGGAAAGCAGCCCAGAAUUCACUGCAGGUCGGAGCCCUUAGAAGCUGUCUGAGUAGCACAGGAGGGCUGGGCACCUGGAGAAGGUGGGACUGGGGGUGAACCCCUUGCCACACCCCUUCCUGAUGCUCCCUUUCCCCUGCAGGACAGACCAAGGGAACCAUUUCCGGGAUCCAAACUCUGCCCCAGAGGUCAGCACGCCAUGUGCCUGGCCUCCAGAGCCAAGUAGAUGCUUUUUGCCAGUUUUGAAAUGAAGGUGCUAUAGCUCACAUUAAAAAAAAAAAAGGAAAACUGGAAGGGGUUGCGGGAAGGAAGGAAGGAAGGAUGGAGGUCUGAGGGGGCCUAGCACAGGGUUCAGAGUGUCUGCUUCUGACACCUAAUAUUCUGCACCUAAUUUUCUGCAGUUUCCACUUGGAACACUGGGCUUUAAUGCUCCAAGGGUGGAACGCUGUGCCCCUCAGCCCAGGGUCCCUGGGCGCCGUGCUGUGUGGGGCUGACUAUGGGCCAUUUGUGCCUGUGUGUGCCGUUGGCUGGUAUCUGCACUUACAGAAAUGUUUCGCUCUAGGCCUUUACAGACCUCACCCUGGUCACCGGGGCGAGGGGAAAAUUUCCAACCCAGGCUGCCCCUGACCCCCAUGGUCCCCCAGCCUUGAAUUGGCUGAGGCCAUUUGAUUUCUUCCACGGCCCGGCCCCGUCUGGUUUCUGUGUUUGAAUUCUUCUGAGGGCGAGUAGAGAAUACGCAGCCCUGCUCGCUGUGCCCCCUCUUCCCCCCACCACUGAGCACCCCCAUGGGGAGAAAUGGGAGGAUAGGUAACAGCUUCUCCAAACCUGCUCCGUCAGAGUCGGCCCCUCUGCUGACAACCCGCCUUCGCAGCCGCCACCCAGCUGGACGACCUCGGGUGGUGACAGAUGAAAAGCGUCAGAAGGAUGCUUCCUUCUCCCAUUCAGCCUGCUUUGGUCCAGGGGUUUGAAUCCUUGUUUUGGGAGCUUGAGGCCAAUGGACAAAGUAUCUAUUUAUCCAGAAGCCAGGUGGCUCGAUCAUGACAGCCAGGUAAAUGGAUGGAUGGAGCGUGGGGAGAGGUGGGUUCUACCACACUAGGACUCCUCCAGCAGCCGGGCUGGACCGGGCCGACCAGGCGCUGUUCUGUCCCUGACUCCCUGACCUGCCGAGCGGCAGAGCAAGCUGGGUGCCUGGGACCAAGGAGAGGCUCCGCUUAGCAACACGUUCAAAGACAACUUGGGCUUCUGUCCGUGGCUCAAUGAUUCUAUGUUUGGGACAAACUCACCACAUGAGUGACGCAGAUAACUUAAAGGGAGGAUGUCUCCUCAAACAGGCCUGCUCCUGAAUUUCAGGGACAGUCUCUGCAAUCACUGCUCUUCUCUCUUGCUGGCCAUUUGGAGGGGCUGAAGCAGGAGGACAGUCCCCUGGGGGAGCGGAGUGUAGAGAGCCAAGGGUGGGCCAUUCUCCAAAUUCGCCUUGGGCGUGGAGGACCUGGGGGGGUGUCCUUUGUAUGAUAAACCCACGAUUGCUCUGCUGGGUGGCCUGGAGGCAGAAGUAACCUUGCUGGUGUCACUUUGGUGCCUGUCCCCUGUCCCCAGAGGCACUAACGGUGAACCCACCAGCUCUGGCCUGAAGCCAGGAGGGACUCAGCCUGUGUUGACCACCAGGCCCGGCAAAGCCAUCUCAGGCCUGAGUGCCCGUUGCCGAUAGACUAGCAGCCUCUCCAAAAGGUUAGUCCUCACAUCUUUCCCCAUGAUCAGGUGAAAAGUGAAAUAAAAAACUAAACACGUAUGUGAAUGUGCUUCCGUGCAGCCUUCAAGAGGAGCAGAGUUGGGAGUGAAGCUCUCUCUUCCACACACGUGUGUGUAGCUGUGUCUUUUAUGUUCUGGUUGUGAGCUUUGUUUGAGCAUAUUGUGCAGGGUCUGGAUUUUACCUCUGAACAGCCUCUGGAAGAUGUGGAUUUGAUCAUUAGCGACUUUUAUUCCUACUAUCUUUCCCAUAUAGAUUUCUAUAAAAACUAAGAGAACGGAGAUGAGAUUUGACUCUGAAAAAGGUACCAAAUUCAAAAUAAUGCAGUUUUUUAAAAAACAAAUAGAGGAAAGCCUUUUCCUAUUGUUUUUCUUCUUAGCUUCUCCAUUGUCUAAAUCAGGAAAACAGGAAAGCACUGCUUUCCAGCAGCUGCAAAAUGGUGUAAUGUCCCCUACAUAUUUCCACCGUUGAAAACAAUAGGGUUAGCAUGGAAAUCAGAGACAGAAAAUCCCUGAAAACAUCUGUCCCUCUCUGGCUGCAAAACCCAAGGCUUAAAUCUGUGUGGUUUGUGGAGCCUGUCAACCAAAAAAAAGAGGAUGAUCAAACUCUCCACGUGUUCAAUAAUCAAGUACCUUAGUUUGUUCUGCAUUCUGGGAGUAAAACUCACUGAAAUGCUUUUUUUUUUUUUUUUUUUUUACCAAAAUGAAGUGUGUUUUGGUCUGUUCAUGGAGAUAACACUCACCAGUUUUAGGAAGAAACUCUGGAAUUCCUUUCUCUCAUUGUUCCUCUUAUCUGCAAGGGGGUAAGUGUUUCCUUUCAGCAGAAUUUGCCCACCGUUCCCCUGGCCUGAAGCUGUUUUUGCAUAUUUGGCUUAAGCUAGAAUUAGAUCAGAGGUGAGGUCUUGCAUGACGAUAUUCGAUGUGAUUGUAAACAUCAACAGUCCCUCCCUGAGUGCUAGAAGAGAACAUGUAGGUCUCUUUGAAUGUGUAUAUUUGAAGUUUGUUCCACUGAUGCUGGAAUCACAGGCUUUCCUCCCAGGCUGGGGGAGGGCGGGCUGGACACUGAGCUGCCCUCAGGCCUCUGAAAAGCUGAGUGGCACCUCUGGGCAGCCUUGGAAGCGGGUCGUCAUCCUUUGUGCUUUGUUACCCACUUAUCCUAAUAAACUCCGGAAUACAUUGCUAUCA